AUGGUUCCCACUGUGGCAGUGAUCCCGAGCGCGGAGCGGAAAGGCUGGGCUUAUGCCAAAUUUACUGGUGCUCCCCUGACAGUGAAUGCCAUCAAUAAGUCCUGGAAAGCUCCAAAAGGAGAGGUACCAGUCUUGAUAUCAGAAGACGCUGUUAUUUCUCAGCCAGCAAAAAUACUAAACUUCUUAAGAAAGCAGAAAUACAAUGCUGACUAUGAAUUGUCUGCAAAACAAGGUGCUGAUACACUGGCAUAUAUUGCACUACUUGAAGAGAAACUGCUUCCCGCUCUGCUGCAUACAUUCUGGGUCGAGGCAGAAAACUACUGCAGUGUGACAAAGCCAUGGUUUGCCUCAAGAAUUCCCUUCCCACUGAGUUUGUAUCUGCCUGGAAGGAUGUCCAGGGAAGCUCUUAACAGGAUCUUGCUGACCAGGGGUGGUCCUCCACUCUACAGUCUCACUGAAGUGGAAGCACAGAUAUACAGGGAUGCCAAGGAAUGCCUAAAUCUCCUGUCGAAGAGACUGGGAACAUCUCAGUUUUUCUUUGGAAAUACGCCUUCUACCUUGGAUGCCUUUGUGUUUGGUUUCCUUGCACCUCUUUAUAAAGUGUGCUUCCCCAGAGUACAAUUACAAGAGCAUUUGAAACAGCUUCCCAAUCUGUGUCGUUUCUGUGAUGAUAUUUUAAGUUUCUACUUUAGGUUAGGUGUCUCAGGCCAUUCUCCAGCUGGACAGGAUUCAGUAGAUGCUAAUCUGCAGAAACUCACACAGCUUGUAAAUAAGGAAUCCAACUUGAUUGAAAAGAUGGACGACAACCUUCGUAAGAGUCCUCAGCAUCCUCCUCGAAAGCUAACAACGCUCAAGCUUGCUGCGGGUGGAGAAGAAAGCAACCUCCCAAGUCGUUUGUCACCUUGACAGCUUCUGUGGCCCAUAUGUGUGUGUUUGCCUUCAACUCUUCUGAACGUCACAGCAAUUUUUUUCACAUAAUUACGGUUUGGUGAGGGAAAAAUCUGCUAAUAAGUACAAGUAGGG